GUUCUGCGCGUCCACGAGCAGACGCCGCUUUGACUGACGUAGCCUCGGUUUUGUUUGUCUCUGAAUUUGUUGUUGCGCUGCCGCGGCGCUUCGGCUGCUUGUUUGGGCUUGGUGGUCGCUCGCUUCGGGCUUGUCUCGUGCGGGUCUCGUGCUGUUUUCUUGUUUAUUUCGCGCUGAUCCGGGCGACCCGAAGCCGCCGAAACGCGAGGUCGGCGGCUCCGCGGCGAAGUCGGUGGAAUCGGAGAAUCCCAGCACGACACGGGCAGAGCGGAGCGCGCAGCCGACGGAGCCGUGACGUCACAUGUUGACAUUUUUACCAAAACAAGGCCCGACGAGGAGCUGCUGCUGCUGAAACCGUCUGCGCGUCAACGUCGCGGUGUGUUGUGUACUAUCGGGUGUGCGUCGCGUGGCCAAGUGCGAAACCCCAGAGAGCUUCUAGUGUGACGCGAGAGCCUGCGAACGGCGGACGGGACACGACAGCGAUGAUUUCCAGCUGCGAGGAAGCCCUGGGCGAAUCCUGGGUGGAGCUCGGAUCGAGUGGAUGUUGGAGCCCCAGUCCAGAGCGGACUCAGCCCCUUCAGCUGCAGCUGCCACUUUGCGGUUCUGCCUCAGCAGAUGAGUACCUGCGUCUCCUGAGGGAGGCACAGAGAGAGAGCAAUCAGAGCUCUGCCAGAGUAUCUCCUCGCAGCAGUCCAAAAUCUCCUCCUAACAGUCCUAAUACAGAACUGUCUUCAGAGGAUGACCUGCGUGGAGUAUACAUUAACAUCAAGGACUCAGAUCUUGGUGUUGAACGAUCUGUGACAUCUGAUUGGAUUUGGGACUGGAGCAGCCGCCCUGACCAAAUCCCACCAAAGGACUGGAAGUUCAAACACCCUCAAAAGAAGACAUUCAGCAUUCGUCAGGCAAAGAUUGGGAAUAACUCGCUCUUCUCUAAAGAAGUCCUGUAUACACUUUUCAUAACAAAUGUAAUGACACUGUUGCUGGGAACUGGAGUUGGACUCUGGUUGAGCCGGAGAGGAUUCUUUAUUCCACGAGUGAAUUUGGAAUAAGAAUGUGAUAAGGCUGGCAAUGUAUUGAUGUGAUUGCGGCUGCUGUGAUACGCCUCGUCAGGAGUGAUGUUCUGUUCUGUACUUCUUGCACAUGUUUUUUUCAUUCUGUUUAGUUUAAUUUUUACAGUAAGGCAUUUCUUUUUUCUUUUGUGUAGUCGUUAAUCUUACUAUUUCUGUGUUGUAUUUGUCUGAUUGGAAAGUACGAUGGAGAAGACAUGGAUAUGUUCCUGCAAUGAAUCACCUUCAGAACAGAACCCAUUUGACUUAUUCUGUUCUUUAUUUAAUUUUAUUGAUUUAUUUAUGGAGCAUUGUGAUGAAGGUAAAAUUGUGAAUUGAGUAACUUGUUUUCUCAGUGAGGGUUUUUUUUUAUUCAACUUUUUUAUGUAUCAAUUCAAUUUGAAUUUGGAGGCAGAGUCCACUCAAUUGAACCUAGUCAUGAAUAUUUGAUGAAGUUAUCAACUGGCCCUUGGAUAACAUUCUCUCUGUAUUGAAUGAAAGCUAAAGAUCAAACAGACUUCAUUUCUUUUCACUUUUGUGAUAGUAUUUCGCAAACUCUAAUAUUGAAACUUAUGAAGCCAAAGCUUACUAACAAGUCUGAUUGUAGUUUGUCUGAAGGAUGAUGGUACUGGUGUAGCACGGUUUUUAUGUGUAAGUCAGAUUUACUUCAUUCAAAUGCUAUCUUACUCAUUAUAAUGCUUAUGCUGCUUACAGCAUUCUUUAAUAACCCCCAAAAAAAUGUCCUCGUAUUUCUUAUUACUAGGUAGGUGUAAACAAACUUUUACUCUAUUAAAGUUAUUCACACAUUCCUGUAGAUUUUGUAGCUAAUUUAGCUAAACUGGUUGAGAAUGUGGCGGGAUAUGCUUAAGAUGAUUUUCCUUCUGGCUUUGCAGACCAAUAUGCGCAUUAGGGCAUAACUUUAUCAACAAUCAUCUAUUUGAUGUGCACUCUUUUCACUUGUGUUAUGCUUUUAUCUACCCAAAGACUGUGACUUCUGAUGGUUUGUUAUAACCUUUAUCUUAUCAUUCUUGUGACAUUCUGUCUUUAUAUUUAGCUAUGUAAAUUUUUAUCUCAUAAUUUUAUACAUUUUCCCAAAAUUUUCCCAUUAGUUAAUGAAAGUAAUUAUUAUCAGUUACUUAUACUAUGUCCAAAAUGCUUAAAAAAAUAGAACAUCAUCCAAAGGUGUGUUUACUUAAAUCAGUUGUUUGGCGUACAAAUGGAAAAACACAUGGAUGCUGUGUUCUUCUAUCUGAUAAGUGUCUUAAAUGUUUUUCUAUUAAAAUUGAGCUCCAGUGGAUUUGAGUCCAUGGAUUGUUUGGUGGUCACAGAUCAACUGGAUGAAUUCACUUUCAUAUUGGUAGAGGUAUCAAAUACAUAAAAUGAUUCCUUCCAUUUUAUUUUGAAUUGCAAUUUUGUGUCUGCGGGCAAGUGAUGAAGAGUCAUUCAACAGGUAUGUUUCUUUGUUUUUAGUUUCUUUGUAUUGAGAGCAAGAAAUUGUAAGGGAAAUUUUCUGUAACUCUAAUAAAGUUAAAAAUAUUGAA